AUGGGUCUCUUCAGAAAUCAGUCGAAGAAAAGUGGAAAGUAUAAGGUGAAGCUUACACGUGAUGAUGAGAAAAGGUUAAAGACUAGAUCAGAAAAUGUUGCUGAUCCGAUCUUGAAUGCUGUCAAUGAAGCGCAACCGUUCGAAGAAGCAGCGUAUGAUCACAAGCGUAAUUCUUCAUCUUUAAAUGGUGAAGGAAACAUGAACGAUGUUUUCGGAAAUCCAAUCAGUAACCCUGAUGUUUCGAAUCCUGCCAGAUCCAGAGAUGAAAGACCUUUGGAUACUAUUAGAGCAUUUGAGUAUUCUAUAACGGGUGAUACUGUUUAUAAACAGCAGUUGGAAACUCCACAAUUGGGAUGGAGAGUCAGGGAUGAUUUCCCUCUUUAUACAGACAACCCAUAUGCACAAGGAUCGGAUGCUCAAGCCCAAAAGUACGAUGAAUAUGGACGUCCAGUUUACAGCAAUAACCCAGGUAUGUCUGUACAACAGGGGGUGUACAAAAGACAGCCGAAGAAACAGGAGAAGAAGAAGAAGAGAGGAUUCUUAGGCUUUGGAAAAAAGCAUUGA